AUUUAUUUAUUUAUAUCGUUCUCCUAUCAUUUCAGUUCCCACUCUCCCUCUUUCUUUCCAUUUCAUCUCAAUGGCCACUCUUGCAAAAGAUUUCUGAGAAGAAAAUAUAGUAAAAGGCCAAAACAGUAAAGAUUUUCGAUUCACAAAAUUUUAUAAAGCAGUGAAAUAUCUCUCAGUGCCCGUGACAAAUCCUUCUCUCUGAUCCUCAAUUCUACCGAAGUUCAUGCACAUAUAUAUUUAUUUGCAUAUUUUUGUGAAUAGAUAGCUAGCCUUGAGAAACAGGAGGGGGAAAAAAUGGAGGGAGCAUCUGCGGUGGGAGGAGACGGGGCAGCCCCGUCCUCGUCUGCUGCUAACACAGCAGCAGACGGGGGUGGUUCAUCAGCUGCCCCACCGAGCCGGUAUGAGUCACAGAAGAGGAGAGAUUGGAACACGUUUUUACAGUAUUUGAGGAAUCACAAGCCACCUUUAACCCUAGCCAGGUGUAGCGGCGCUCAUGUGAUCGAGUUUCUCAAGUACCUUGACCAGUUUGGAAAGACCAAGGUGCAUGUGGCCGGAUGUCCGUAUUUUGGACACCCGAACCCUCCAGCUCCCUGCGCUUGUUUGCUAAAACAAGCGUGGGGAAGUCUGGAUGCCCUAAUAGGCCGCUUAAGAGCGGCCUACGAGGAAAACGGGGGCCGCCCUGAGUCCAACCCGUUUGGAGCCAGGGCGGUGAGAAUAUACCUAAGGGAGGUUAAAGAAAGUCAAUCAAAAGCCAGAGGAAUACCUUAUGACAAGAAAAAAAGAAAACGGACUUCCACUGUGAAGGCCACCGCAGCACCGACGGUGAGCUCUAGUACACUCCUCGUGGCCGAGGGUGGCGGCGGCGGUGGUGAUGCCAGUGGUACAAUUACUGCCACUAUACCUCCUCCUACUUCAGCAGUAUAGUCCUGCACAAUGCUCAAUUUCCAGAGAAGUAGAUUUUGCUUCACAUUUUUAGUUCUUUAUUUAAGUAAAUAUUAUUUAUGUUUAUAUAUGAUUCCCCUAGAAAUUCAUAA